AUGGCGCUUUCCUGUGGCACAACCUGUAUCAAAUACCUUCUCUUCGCAUUCAAUGUUCUAGUUUUCCUCUUCGGUGCCGUCAUAAGUGGAUUUGGAAUCUACCUAGUUGUGGAGGCAAAGAAUGGACUUGGUAGUGAAGCAAUCGGCGUCCCGGCCUUCAUCCUAACACUCGGCCUGCUUUUGUUCCUAAUCGGAUUUUUGGGUUGUUGUGGAGCCUGCAAGGAGCAUACAUGCAUGCUUAAAACCUUUGCCGCAGUUGUCACUGUUUUGUUGAUACUCCAAAUUAUUGCUGGUAUACUGGCGUUCGUGUACAGAAGCAAGUUUGUCGGGCUGGUUGCCGAUGCCAUUGCCAUGCAUAUUAACCAACUAGACUCACUUCCUUCAGUCGAACAAAAGGAAAUGCGGAAGGCGUUAGAUAAAGUGCAAAAAGAGCUGAAAUGCUGUGGAGGCUAUAGUUCUGCCGAUUGGGGUGAAGCUGUUCCCUCUUCCUGUUGUGCAGGAGAAACAUCGCCAUGUCGCAAUCCCUACCAACAGGGUUGCGCACAAGCUACUUACGAUUUGAUUAAGGACAAAGCCUUAAUCGUGGGUAUUAUACUCAUUGUCAUGGCGAUCCUCCAACUUGGAGCAAUCAUUUCGGCCUGUUGCUUGGCCACAAAGAUCAAGGAGCAGUAA